AUGGAACAGGUCAUCGAUGAUGUUACUAACGUUAAAAUCGAUGAGUCCACAUUCUUGUCUUUGCCUCCGAUACCACGGGCGGGAGAAACGAUCACAAUGUUACGUCGUCCACAGUCUGUGUUGUUAGAACAAGUUGUUAACUCUGAAGGAAUGCCAACUCAACAAACUGAUUCAGGAGAGGUUACUAAUACAGGAAGUGAUGUCGUAGACAAAAUCAACGAAGGAUUUGACAACAACGGUGCAUAAACCCACUGAAAAUAUAGAUGUAUAAGACAAUCAAACUCAUACAAAAUACAAAAUAAUAAUAAAAAAAUGACUUCUUAUAACGGCAUAACGCUGAUAACGAAUAAGAACUACAAAGCCAAAUUAGGAUAUGUCACUUUGUUUUAAAGUAUUUCUUAUGCACUUAAAAGGGUGCACUGCAUUAGGCAACCUCGUCCCCAGGGCACCCCACCCAAUUUUUAAGGGAAAAGCCCUGGGGACGAGGUUGUUCAUUAGGGAGGCCCCCAGUUCGAGCCCGAUCGCUUGCUGGGUUUGUCAUGAGUUCAACUCCUCCGCUACGCUUGUAAAUUAGCCACUAACUGGUUCCCCCUCCUGCCAAUCCAGGAUGCAGGAUUUUUUAACCCUUUUGUUUCAUAGAAAUCGUUAGUUUAAGUCAUUUGCUCAGCCUCACUAGCAUUCGUACUAAUGCUGCCUAAAGGAAAUAAAAGGUAUGAUUAUAAUUAUUCUUAUCUUUAUUAUUACUUUUUGUUUUAAUGGACAAUUAAGCGUUUACACAUGACGUCACGGCGGCCAUAUUGGUGUUCCAAAACAAUGCAACGGCGGCCAUGUUAGUGUUCCAAACCAAUCUUGUGGGUGUUGAACUCUUUUCGUAUGUAAACACUUUCUUUUGUUCCAAUAAAUUUCCAUAGAUGCUGGCCACUUGAGUGAAAACGCUCUAUUACUCUGGAUCAAUGAGCACGCGACAGUUUCUACGCUUAUUGCAAAAAAUAGUUAUUCUAUAACUGAGCGAUUUGUCGCGCACUGAUUGGCCGCCGAGGGGUAUGGCUGAUGAUAGUACAGAGUAACCCCGGGGGGGGGGUACUUUAGGAAUUUCUGGGUGGGGAUGUGCCGCUGGGACCCUGGAACCCUUAACCUAUACCAGAGCUAGUUCAGCUGAAUUUUGCUACCCUAUACUAGAGUAAACUCCCAAAUCCCCCCUAUCCUAGAGUAGCUAUUUCCCUAGUCGAGAUAAAAUCUUCAACCAACGGAUUAGUUUCCUGAAAAAUAAUACCCUAUUCUAGACCCAAACGUUCUGAUUUAUAUACCCUAUCCUAGAGUAAACUGCUUGAAAACCAUACCCUUCACAGCGGCACAUACCUAUAUAGCCCAUAUAUGGCAGUGCCCCCCCGGGAGAGUAACAGACCAUGGAAAUGACGUCAUGGUGGCGCAAUUUGUUGUUUUCGUUUUCUCUUUCGCGCAAUUUUCCGAGAAAAUUUCGAAGGAAAUAUGCGUAAAAACUGUAAAUGUUAUUAUAAAAAACCAAUCGACAACAAUUUUCCAUGGUCUUCUGUCAUUGAAGUUAGAAAUGAGGUCAAAAUGUUAAAAAGAUAUGCAGUAAAACUGCUCGCCUCCGACUCCUGGUUCCACUAGAGUUUGGACAGCUUUGACGUCAUUUUCGAUAUGAUUUGCUAAAUUAAAUUACAGUCCAAAAAUGAAAAAUGCUGAGAAAAAUUCAGUGAGCUACAGCAAAACCAGCAACACCACACUGAAUGUAUUAUUCACUUCCUUUCAGAAGUGUAUGGAGGGUCAUAUGCUCCUGUUCCCGUUAUCACAGACGAGUGAUCACUGUUUACAAACGAGCUUCAGCCACUAACUCAAAAAGUUUAGCAUUGCUCUUAUCCAGUAAAAUGCAGCAAAGUACUACUUACUAGUAGCAUUCAUUUCAGUGGUCAACACUUCUGGAUUUCAUCCACAGACUAAAAGGUUAGAGAAUCUAUCCUGCAUGCCACCAUAAAAGAGAAGCACAGGAAAUGAUUGCUUUAACUCAGUAGCGUUAUUUCGUCACGUGAAUAGGUUGAAGGAAGAAGACGUUCAUACCCAUUAUACCCUAAUUGGCCAAAUCCCCUGUCACGCAAUCUCGUCACUUUUAAUCUUGAUAUACAUUCGGCACUUGAAUCCUGGCAGUUCUUCUACUGACGGAUAACUACAACUAUCUACGGUUCUUGAUUCUUGACAACUGACGCUUUCAACUGGCACCUGAAGGACCGCGGGCUUAUCUUGUGUAUAUUGAAUCUUAUAUUUUAAUUGAGUCUGUUGAAAUAACUGAUUUUCAGUGAUAGAAUUCUACCAACAUAUUGCUCUUUAAGUCCUUUAAUCAGUCCAAGACAUGCAGGAUUCUCAAGAGUCAACCAAAAUACUUCGCCCACUUUUUGACAGCAUUUAACGCUAAAGCUAGCCUAUACACUCCUGAUAAUAUAACGGCGCGUUCUUUAAAGUUAUUCCUAUGUUAUGAAUCAUUUUCGGCUGAAACGCGCAAGCUCGUAAUAGAUAUCCCUUAGUCACCCCACGAACUCUCAGUAUUCUCUUCAUAACUGAUUACCGCACCGUAUCACUAUCAGCAUUUACUACGUACCCGGCCGGACCAAUAACUUCGAUCAAAGGUUAGCAGACGACCGGCACUUACAAGCUUCCACUUCACAUUGUACUGGACCGCAUGUUAUUUAGCCUUCACCAUUAUAGUAUCAAGGUCAACUGCCCGGAGAACUUUCCUGAUGGUGAAUAAAACGUCGCCGGUAUUGUCACCGCCUGUUUCAUUUUGCUAGAUCUAGCGGCAUACUGUUUGCGCACGAAGAGGUGUCUUACACUUUCAAUAAAAUACCGUUGCUCUACCUUUAGGUGAUGUUACACGGGCGAUUUGCAACGACGAUUAAUAGUUGCGAUAUUGUUCCAACAUUGCAGCGCUGUGUUGCGCAAAAAAUCGUCGUUGCCAAUCGUCCCGUGUAACAUCGCCUUUAGGAAAGCUGUUGAGAAAUACUUUGGUAUUCUAUAUUGUCUGACUAUUACACGGCAAAAAGUGAAUCUAUCCUAGUAAGUAUGUCGCAGAAUAGUUACCCAAACGGUAUAAAUUAAUUACACUUUUUUUUUUCUAUAAGAAUAUAUUUUAUAAGAAUAUCGAGGCUGAAAUUUGCGAAAUUUUAAGAAUAUUUUAAGAAUAAACCCCAGGCUGAGGUUUUGAAAAGGAUGUAAUUUUGUGUGUUCAAAAACUGCAUGUAAAUACCACACAAUUAUGUUUUCAACUUAUUCCAUCCUCUGAACGGCAAAACUUGCCAACAAGGCGCAAAAACCUGCACUAUAAACUAUACUUGAUACCCCAAUAUAUUCUAAAACGGAAAUGUCAUAAGCUAUAAUUUAAGAAUAAUACAAGAAUAUUUUCAGCCUAAAAUCGGCAGAAAAAUAAGAAUAUCAGCCUGGGCCGGAAAAACAACAUUCUUAUAUAAAAAAAAGAGUGUAUUGAAACUAAGCUGGCUUUGGAUCCCAAGGGUACGGGGAUUUGGGAUGCUGUUGGCAGCAAAAUCGUUUUAGUCUGUACUAAAAACCUCCCUGAAACGCAACAGCUCAUAGGCAGUACUUUCGUUCUUUUCGUCCAGUCAUUCUUUUGGCUGCUAGGUGGUUCUUGUAGGUAGUGACCUGGAAUGUAAAAUUAAUUAAGUUUUCAUGAGUUUUGUCCGCCUGUAAGAACUGCUAAAGAAACUGGAGAGGAACCGUCACAGGAGUCAGAUUUUUCAGUUAUUCUUCAACUUGUUUUAAACUAAAAUUUUGCCCCUAGUCACCUAGUUAUAACGGGUUCUCCACACGAACCAGAGAUUAAUUUGGCCGCCUCCUAUUACCUUGCUACCAGUAGGUCAAGGUGACUUUCACUUGAAAUAUAAUAGCAAAAUACCAAAAAAACAAGCAACGAGAACUGAUUUCCUGAUUGACUUGAAGCUGUUAAUGUCUUUUGGUUCAAAUAAAACUUCUUGUGUUACUGUGUUGGGAGGUUUCGUAGGGGUGUGGUUAUGGUUUCUCGUACGGCUCUAGUAGUGGAAAUAUAAACGCCAUUAUUGAGGACGUCAGUUGAUCCAUCUGUAGCCUGCGAAAACAUCCGUUUAUCCUCGCUCUUCGUCGCUGGGGACGUUUCGCGCGGGGAACGUGACGUUCCUCCGCGCGAAACGUCCCCAACGACGAGGAGCAAGGAUAAACGGAUGUUUUCGCAGGCUAAUCCAUCUGUAACUCAAAACACUUUGUAUGCAUAUCAGGGGAGUUUGGACAUGGGGAUGGAUCCUGCGGGGCUCUUGGGUUAAUAUCCUGCCGGAAUAAUACCCCUUCGUGGGUAUCCCGGGUACAAACUUUAAACACUCGAUUGAAACGUGAUAGGACCUGAUCCUCGAUAUGCAUGUAAGGAAGGCGGGGGUUUUGAACGAAUAUUGGCCGGACACCCCGCUGUGAAAACCGGAGGUCCUAUCAUGCAUAAACAUCACGCAACUGAAUUAUCGUUUCACUCAAAACAAUUUUGGCUAGCUAGAGUUUUCUUUAUCAUUUAUAAAAUGUCUGAUAUUGAAAUAUUCUCCAAGAUUCUGAUAGCCAAUUGCUUAUUAAGUGUUUUGAAUGACUUAUGAAGGAACUGUAAAUACAUGUUAAAUCUCAACGGACCAAGAACAAAAAUGGUCAUCCGUGUAGCCUGCGUGGAAAGCGUUUCCGCGAGAGUUCAGCCGCGAGAGCAAAAGCUCGAUUGGAAACGCUUACUACACAGGCUAUCAUCCGUGCGGCUGAAUCGUGGGAUGUUGAAUAUAUUCGAGCAGGGUAAUAGGCUCCUGAUUCGAGCUGAGUAACGGAGUACGUCGAUUAAUUUCUUCCGGCAGGCAGGUUUGAACUACUGCUCUAGUUUGGCUAACUUGGCCUCACUCGACAUCAGGCCCAAUUUUAGCAGCUUCCAUACACUUUCUCUUUCGUGGUCGUUUGGCCUUUCCCGACAGAGAGAUUUUAUUUAAAAAGCGAAAGUCAUAGAGCCUGAUCUUAGGUUAAACCUGGCCUAUAGAUAAAUCAUCAAACUGUGAUACUUUAUGCAAAGAAACCGAAAGUUUUAGAAGAGUUUUAGGAAUCAGCUGAAUCAGCGAAAGGCUUAUCUGCAGAGAUAAACAAGAAACUACGAAACUUCUCUUUAAUUCUUGUUUAUUGUUUGCGAAACCUGAUCAAAACAGGAUGCCAAAGGAACCACAAAUCCCGGUCCCUUGGAGAGCUGACUGAUUCUUUGUACUUUACUUCCUGGUGGAAAGCAAGGGAUUUUUCCCUGUUAUAUCCUGUCUUAAUUUCGUAUAAAUGAAAAGAAAAUAAAUGUUGAUGUGACAAGAACUUAAAGGCGUCUUUUACUUAUCGAACUGAUUUUGAAAUUUGAUUUUUUCCACAUCGUUACUGAUACGCCGGGGUUUUAACCAAGCUAAUAUGAGGUCAAGGUUUCGCUUUCAUGCUCCCUCAUUGGUAGUCUUAAAUCAUAGCUCAACUCAAGUCACAUAGUACAAGACUCUUUAAUAUCCAUAUCACGUUUCGGCUCAUCAUCACGGAACUCGGAAAAAACGAUACGGAAUAUUCAUAAGGAAGUCACUAGCAGAAAAAGCGAGCGCGGGCCGUUUGGCAAAACGGAAUAAUCUUUCAGAAGAGGCGUAAAGCAGCAGUGUGAUAAAGUUUCCUUCGAAGGUAAGGAGAGUCGUUGAGUAUAUUGAGUGUUACAUUACCAUUCGGGACAGACUAUGACCUUCAUGUCGUUGGUCACAGCCUUAAGUUAUGCAUUGAAAGAUCGCGAGUGAAUCCUGAGCUAGACUAAGGUGCUUUGGACUGCAAAAUAAACAUUCUUUAGUCUCGUCUGAAGGGAAUUCAUGUCCAUUGACUCCGAAUUCCACCAUACUGUAGAAGUUUUGAACAAUUCUUUAAGACCUUUAAGGAGCAAGAAUGAAGAAUUGGAACAAUUUCAGUCAAAGAAACCGCAUUUUCGUAUUAAAAAAAAACAACAAACACGAAUAGGCUGAUCAAGGUGCAAAUUCUCUACUGUAAUAAACGUGUCCCUUUUUGUCCAAUACUGAAGUAGGUGUGAGUCACAGAUAUUCUUUACCUCAGAAGUUUGCUGAAAAAAGUACAAUAUAAGAGCCCAACCUAACCUAAACCUCAUAUUCGAUAAGUGGAAUAACGAUAGCUGAUAAACGUGACAGCUGACAACUACCCUAGCGAAACACGUUUGAAAAACAAGCUUUGUUGUUUCAACCUCGUUUCAGCACGAGGUCACUGACAAUUGGAAAACCCUUCACUCUUUUGAAUGCCUUUUUUCGAGUUUUUUCGCCGCCUGAUAUUUUUCACAUCUAGGAAAACCGAGAUAAGAACUUAAAGGCAUCAUUAGAAAUUGUGGUGUAUUUGACUGAUAAAUUCAGGUAUUUUCUGUUGGAUAUUGGCUCAGUGGCUUCAGUAACCGGCUGAUAUAUUUAGAUCCAUCCACUUCCGGUUGUGAAUAUUUGCUCUCGAAUCCAAAGAAUUCAAUAACAAUCUGCCAUUCUUUUUUCAUGAAAAAGCAAGAUUUUAUAUUAAUUUAAAUCUGUGGAAGUUUAAAUUAAUUUUGAAGAUCGAGACACUGUAGAAUGAAGCAAAAAGUCGUCUUUCAAGAUAUUUCCUGCAAAAUGAAAAAUUACUGGUCGCUUUCGACCAAUUAUGCAAGGCAAGUUAAUCCGUCAGCAAUCACUUAUCAUUCUUGCGUAACUGCAUUUAAAAUAAGUCAAAGGGUUAUUCCCGCUGGGGCGAAAGUUUCAUUUUUGCAUGAGACGCAAGGCGCCAAAGAUCGAUCUGCUGUUAGAAGCAGAAAUACGGCCCAUCUACGUUACGUCAAUCCGUAUUCGCCAGUUAUAUCUAUAUCGUGAAAACAGCUGUUUUCCUAUCAGGCGAGUUCCUUGAAGAUUUAAAAAGACUUGGUUGCUUGGUGUCGCAGGGUUCCCCGUUUUUAAGUCUAAGCCAAGGCCGGGCUUGAGCUCUACCCUAGCGUCGCUGGUAAUUGGCCCCACGGAUUUAACCAAAGUGACUGUAAGUACUAAAAAAGUUUUCUUGAUACCGAUAUAUAUAUAUGAUAUUGAAAUUCAUUAUAAUCACUGAAGCUCUUGAAAACAAGACCGUUUAUCUUGCGAUCCACCGUAUAGACCGAUACGGACCUUGAUGAUGCGAAGAACGCAGUUGAGCGUACACAGUAACUGUCUUUAUUUCAAUAGAUGUUUGUAAUGCAAUGUUUGUAAACUUCAUUGUCAUGAAUCAUUUAAGCGAACGGAAGUUUUUGCCUACUAAAAAACCGAUUGAGUUGCUCAUUUCACAAGUAUUUUCAACUGUAUUUCCUUGUAGCAUUCCGUGAAAAAUGACUACCUGCAUGUGAAAGCUUUCUUCAGCUAUAUCCGUCUGUAGUGUACAAUAUCACUGAGUCAGGUUUUGUAGAGGAAAAAAAAAAGCCGUUAAGAAAUGCUUCACUGUUUCAAAGAGUAUGAAGGAUCGAGGAAAAUUUUGGUCAGCCGUUCAGUCCUUUUUGGCCGGCUGCCGGUAAUUCACGACCCCAGGUGACAAAUGGAAUUACUGAGAUCGAGUGUACAGUAAAUCUACCGUCUUUUAGUAUUUGAUCAGCUGCAAACUAUUUUCGAUGCGGAUGGAAUGUUAAGUUGGACAAAUAGAAUGUGACCGUGAGGCAAAAUACUUAAUCAACAGUUCGAAAGCUGUACAGUAUUGUAGCCAUACUCAUGAUUCCCUAAAUAAAAAAAAAAAAACCGCAGAUAAAGAUCACCAGAAAAUUUACUAAUUGUCCCAAAAGCGAACUGAACUAUGAAUAAAUAGACAAUAGAAAUGAGGAAAAGACAUUUUACUUUAAAAUGGGCAAGAUCUUUCUCCUACUGAGCUCCAAACCAGCAAGCUGGCUACGGCUGGUUAGCCAAACGGAUACCGGAAGUCUUUAGGUGGACAAUGGAGGGUUGUAAAACACAAUGAAAGGGUUUUGUAAACAAAGUCAGUGAUGGACUGAUGAAAAAGUUAUUUCCUACUCUUCCUUUUAGUACAACGAGAGUUAGCGUUACAGAACUGCCAUUUGUAGCAAUUAUUUCGAUAAUUUUUGACAAUUCCACUCCGCAUUGAAUGCCGUGCAGUUGAACCUCUCCACAAUAGAUCACAACAGCCACUUUGAGGAUAGACGAAAGUGGCCGUUGUAGAGAGGUUUAAACAAGAGUCAAUGUAUGGAUUGUCUGCCAAAAAAAUGGCUGUUGUAGAGAGGUGGCCGUUCGUGGAGAUUCGACUGUAGUUAGACGCGAGGUCUGACAUUUAUUAAGGGUCCCUAUAGUGUCCUUCAAUCCCGUUAUCCAGACCCAGAUUUUCGCUCAAUCCGGUAAUCCCGACAUCAUUUACGGGUCCCGGAACUCGUCCCGGCCAUUUUGCUUUAAAAUCCCGAAUCCCGUUUUGGCGUAGAGGACCUUGCGGUAGGUCUGAUUCCCGCGCACCGCUAUCUUCAUUAGGGAGCUUAAGCAGCGACGUUUUUGAGCGACGCACGUAAACCGGAAGUGAGGUAUUUUCCCUCUUAACAUGCCUUGAUGAUAUAAAAUUUGUAUUUCUUAGCUUCUUUACUGUUAUAGAGGCGAUUUGACUGAAAAUUUGCGCGAAACCACCGUCAAAAAAUGAAAAAAGGCCACUUCCGGUUGACGUGCGUCGCUCAAAAACGUUGUUGCUUAAGCUCCCUAUUAACUCAAUGCGGAGGGUACCAGGGCCUACUGGUCUGCUCAAGUUAGUAAUACAUUAACUAAGUUUAUACUUUUCUCUACAGGGCCUGGGAAUGACUCUUGAAAAACUGUCCUUGAUCCUCGCAGGGGUUGCCUGCGGAUGCCUCGUGUUCCUUUGUAUUAUUGUAAUAUUUCUGUGUGUAUCAGUCAAGCGAAUUCGGCAGCGGUUAGAAGAACUCACUGGAAAUGGAACUCGGCACCUCGCGAAGGCAAACAACAACGAUCAAGAGCAAGGAAGACGCGGGAACAGCUACACUGGAGAACCAUUAGCUAAGCCCCGAGUACCAUCUGCUGUGUACCAGGACCCUGGGGAAACAGUUACUCGUUUGGAGCGAGAGACUGGGCAAACAGUUCUCACCUCAAGUGGGUGUUUAGUAGCUCCAGGGGUAGUAGGAAUGGCAGCUGCUCCAGGUAGUUUUUUACCAUCUUUUAAACCGGAAAGCUCCACGCAGGACUUAGACAUGCAACACCCCGUUGAAAAGACACCACAGAAAUCAGAGAAAAAGAUUUUUGAAUAUGUCAAUGAGGGCUACAGCCCAGGCUGCAGGCGGCAUUCCAGCCCAGAGGAAUCGAACGAUGCAGAACCAUCAGAGCCUAUAUACGGCAACCAGGAAGUAUUCUCUGAACAGCCAAUCUACGAAAAUACUGAUGGAGAAGAAGAGGUUUAUCAGAAUACAGGAGAGCGAAGGACUAUCAAUAACCCGGAGAGUAUUCUGUGUAACACAAUGGACAUCUCCGAAGUACAUUGACAUCCGCGAUUACUUUCCAGUCGCCACGCUGCCUGGUCAAAACACAAGAAGAAUGGUGACGAGUCAGCUUAGUUAAGGAGAUCUUGGAGAUCAAAAGAAAAAGCAAACUUUGCCUAACAAGGCGUAAAAAAUGCUUCAAGAAAAAUUGAGCAUUAUCAUUUAAAUAAUGGAUUUAGCGAAGUUUAAGCUUACCAAAAAUGAUUUCUUCUUCGUAAUGAGAAGGCCGGCUGGGCCUGAUACAGACCUGAUCAAACGCGUUUUAAAGAGAAGCUGUUUUAGAAUUAUGGAUUCUUGCUUGCAGCUGACAGUUGUUAUGUUAACCUCUCUGUAACGAGAAGUGAAAUUAUGAUUAUUACCAAAAAAUUAUAUUAUGUAUAGAAAUUGCAUUGACACUUGAAGUUUUUGUUGAAUAAAAACUCCAGCUAUGAUUACCCGUGCUUGUGUUUUUAACACUUUGUAGUUUUAAAUCAUAAAUGGUCGAUAACAAGGAGUCUUAAUUGCAAGCCAUUGGGUUUACCCCUAAGAAUUGUACAAAACUAUAACAGAAGUGUAAAAAGGAAAAGUAAAAAGUAAAAAGCUUUAUUAAUGUGUCAAUGUAUUUAGUUUUCACAACUAAUUGGGGACACAAAAAUAAAAAUUACAAA